AUGCUGUUGAUGGGCACCAAACAGGGCCCAAGCAUCUUGGGUUCUUGGUCGGCCCUUUAUCACAGAUAAAUAUAUGCCUUUGUGCGCCCUGGCGUUCUGCUUUUGCAGGUGUCUGUUCCUUCUUGCAUAUUUUCCCUCACGAACACGACUCUCACUGUUGCCAAAAACCGAGGACAUCGACCCUCCGCAUACCGAUCGAUCGAAGCGAACGUAUAAAGCAGCCGCCAUCAGCCGCCUCGUUUAUUAUCCCCAGAAACGCCCAUCGCAUGCUCUCCCCACAGUUCGACCGACAGACCUCCCCAAACAGGGGCGGCCUCGUGAGCAAUCGCCACGGUCCCAAUCCUAGGGCUGGCCCGACGGACCGCGAGAUCUACUAUACGCAAGUUGAUUGGGUAUAGCCUGAUUGAAGAGCAAAAUGGGUCGCCAGCAUCCGUUAACGACUACAGCGCCAGUAGACGCUGGUGGCUGACUGACGGGACUUUAUCCAAAGUGGGGGAGAUUACAACCUUGAGCACCACUACGGAAUUUUUUCUGGAACCGGCCAACCCCGAGCCAAGGACUUCCCAAGGACCCCCUCUACCGCGCCGUUCUGGAGCCGCUGGAAAUUCCCCGUUGUUGCCGCUCUCCUUGCCGCAACGCCGUUGAGAUUCACCUUCGUGGAAAUACCCGGAUUUGGCCUCUUCGAAUCAAUUCCAACUUCAUUCAGACCGACCGAAUCAGCCACGCCAGGAAAGAGGGGUUGGGGAUUUCUUCACUGACUCGACUGUCCGCCAGUCAGUAUUCUAUGUUGCAUUCAGUCGGCGCACCGAUUGUGGGCACCUCAUAAUGCUUUGUGAUCUUUGUGAUCUGCAGCCCAAUGCUGCUGUUUUGUUCCGAGCACCUGAGAUUGGAGCGCAAACGAGUCCCCUGAGAAUGGAGACAGACAACGUCAGCGACUAUGCAGGCAAGAUUACCGGUUCAUACAUCAAUGCUUGGCCAUGAGUUGAAACGUCCCGCGUCGGCGUCUGCUUCCGUUCGGUGCCUUGCCUCCCCUGAACUCCCCUGCCUCCGCGUGCCAUGCCGCCUCCUCGCCAAACUCAUCAGGUUCUUCCGCCCUGGGGAAAUCUUGGGGAAACCCCACCGCGCGGCUCUUCUCCAAUCUAUCUGCUCCCUUCAUAUCAAGCAUGGCUUUGCCAACGCCGCAGAUCCCAUAUUCUCCUGGCGGAGGCUAUACUCUGGUCAUGCAGCCCAAUUUAUUUCCCUACAUCUCCUCCAAGUCAUCGGCUCUGAUUCUGCCGCGGAUCCAUCCUAUCGGUGACAUUCCAUUUGUUUUCCCCGGACUGCGCUUCCGUGAUUCGAUCCUGGGAAUGCGGAGUCAGGCACAGUCAGCUUACGCUCGCGAUGUGGUUAUAUGCAUGGCCGCUCCCCGCAUGAGACGUUUGUAUCUGGAGGCUGGCUUGUCUUCUUUGGCCCAGCGCUGAAUCCAGAAUCGUCCUGUGCUUUGGCUGUUCUGGAAAGUAACAAUGAAGUUUCUCAGCCGUGUUGGCGCGACUGCCCUCGCGGCGUCGCUUUACCUGCAGCAUGGCAUCGCGCAAAUGGCUGAUGGUACCUACACUGAUCAAACGUCCGGCAUCAAGUUCAAGACGUGGACUCAAGGCACCGAGGCUACCGAAGCCUCUCCAUUCACCUUCGGUCUGGCUCUCCCAGGUGAUGCUUUGACCGAAAAUGCCAACGAGUACCUUGGUAUCCUCCGCUGCAAAAUCGAAGAUGCAGCUGCUCCCGGCUGGUGCGGUCUUUCCCACGGCCAGGCCGGUCAGAUGACCAACGCCCUGCUCCUCGUUGCCUGGGCCUCUGAGGGAACUGUCUACACUUCUUUCCGCUGGGCCACCGGCUACACCUUACCUGGCCUCUACACCGGCGAUGCAAAGCUGACCCAAGUUUCUUCGAACGUCACCGACACCCACUUCGAGCUGAUCUACCGUUGCCAGAACUGCUUCUCCUGGAACCAAGACGGCACCAGCGGCAGCGUCGAGACAACACAGGGAUUCCUCGUUUUGGGCCACGCGGCUGGCAGCUCUGGUCUGGAGAACCCAACCUGCCCUGACCGCGCCACCUUUGGCUUCCACGAUGCUGGCUUUGGUCAGUGGGGUGCUCCCUUGGAGGGUGCCACUUCCGAGUCGUACGCCGAGUGGGCUGAGCUUGCUACGACUACUCCUGAGACUGAUUGUGAGGGUACUGGUCCUGGUGAUGCUGAGUGCACUCCUGCUCCCGAAAAGGUCUACGACUACAUCGUUGUUGGUGGCGGUGCCGGCGGUAUCCCCGUUGCCGACAAGCUCAGCGCCGCCGGUCACAGCGUCUUGCUCAUCGAAAAGGGACCUCCUUCCUCUGGUCGCUGGGGUGGCACCAUGAAGCCCAAGUGGCUCGAGGGAACCAAUCUCACUCGCUUCGAUGUCCCCGGCCUCUGCAAUCAGAUCUGGGUCGACAGCGCCGGCAUUGCCUGCACUGAUACUGACCAGAUGGCUGGUUGUGUUCUGGGCGGCGGUACUGCUGUCAACGCCGGUCUCUGGUGGAAGCCCCCCGCGUCUGACUGGGACUACAACUUCCCUGCUGGCUGGAAGUCCAAGGAUGUUGAGGCUGCCGCCAACCGUGUCUUCGACCGGAUUCCUGGUACAUUCAAGCCAUCUGCUGAUGGUGUCCUCUAUCGCCGUGAAGGCUUCGAUGUUCUUUCCAGCGGUCUGAGGAAGUCGGGCUACAAGGAGGUUGUUGCCAAUGAGUCGCCCAACGAGAAGAACGGCGCGUUUGCGCACACCCACUUCAUGUUCCGAUACGGUGAGAGAGAUGGCCCGCUUGCCACAUACCUUGUUUCAGCCAACAACCGUGACAACUUUGACCUCUGGACUGGCAGUGCUGUGCGCAGGGCUCUCAGAACAGGUGGCAAGGUUACCGGUGUUGAACUCGAAUGCUUGAGGGACGGUGGCUACAGCGGUGAAGUCAAGAUUAGCGCCAAGGGUGGUGUCAUCUUCUCUGCUGGUACUUUUGGCUCUGCCAAGCUUCUCAUGCGCAGCGGUAUCGGUCCCCGUGACCAGCUCGAGAUCGUUGCCGGCUCCAAGGACGGCGAGACCUUCAUCUCUCGGGAUCAGUGGAUCGACCUCCCGGUCGGCUCCAACCUGAUUGACCAUCUCAACACCGAUCUUAUCUUGACUCACCCCGACGUCGUCUUCUAUGACUUUUACGAGGCCUGGACUGCCCCCAAUGAGGGUGACAAGGAGCGUUAUCUCAACAACCGCACUGGUAUCUUGACCCAGGCUGCCCCCAACAUCGGACCCAUGGUCUGGGAAGAGGUUACUCCUUCUGACGGCAUCCCCCGUCAAUUCCAAUGGACUGCCCGUGUUGAGGGAGAUGGUCGCAUCACUGACUCCCCACAUGCCAUGACUCUCAGCCAGUACCUCGGAAGAGGUGUCGUUUCCAGAGGCCGGAUGACCAUCACCCCUGGUCUCGCCACCGCUGUUUCCGAGCACCCCUAUCUCCACAACGCUGGUGACAAGGAGGCCGUUAUUGCUGGUAUCAAGAAGCUUCAAGCCGCCCUUAACGUGAUCCCCAAUAUCACCUGGGUCCUUCCCCCUCCCACCGGAACUGUUGAGGACUAUGUCAAUGGCCUCCCUGUCUCCCCAUCCGCCCGCCGCUCCAACCACUGGAUGGGUACUGCCAAGCUUGGCACUGAUGAUGGUCGUGAGGGUGGUACUGCCGUAGUUGACUUGGACACCAAGGUCUAUGGCACUGACAACCUCUUUGUGGUUGACGCCUCCAUCUUCCCUGGUAUGUCGACGGGUAACCCGUCUGGCAUGAUCGUCAUCGCGGCUGAGAAGGCUGCUGAGAGGAUCUUGGCCCUCAAGGCUUAAGUGGGAGUCAAAAUGGAAUGUAUAAAUAACAAGGUGUAGGUAGUAGGAAAGUAGCAAAAAUUGUACAUGAGCUCAAUUAGUACAUGAUGUUGAAUGGGACGUAACAAAGUGGG